AUGAUUUCCAUCAAAUUGCAGGCGAGUGCUCAAAAGCUUGACGCGUUCAGAGAAGUGCAGAGGAGCCUGUCGGUUAUGACGGCCAACGCACCUGUCUCUGUCUCGCAUCUUAUCCAGCAUUUAAAGGAAGAACACAAAUGCCUGAAGAUGGACGCAGCAAGAGCAGAGGUCAGACUACAGAUCCUGUGGGAGGACGUCUGCAGCGAAAUAGGUAGAUUCGUCCAGGACAUGGUGAAGGACCGAACAGGGCGCAUCCAGGAAGAGGCAAACCAGACGAUUGCCAUGGAAUCAAGACACGCUGACGACGAGAGGGAGCGAAAGCGGAGUCGAAUCCUAGACCCCGAAGACUAUAGACAAACUCAAACGGCGGAUACACAAGGAAUUGAAGACAGGUCAACCGUACUGGAGGCAAGAGUCAACAGGCACGGCGAGAUGAUCGCUUUCUUGUUAAAGGAAAAUGAGGAGCUUAAGGCGAAGCUGAAGAUGCCUACGACACAAGCAUGGGCCGAGCCACAGAGUCACAGUCCAGACAUAUUGACCGCAAGCAGCUCUGGACAGGAUCGAUCACGCAGAGAUUCUGAAUCCUUCUUGUACGACUCUAGCAACGUGUCCAUGGGGAACAACAUAGAGAGAUUGCUUGAACGGUUAAGGGCGGGGUACGCGCCACACGCGAAGUGA